UGGUUCACCCUCUCCAGCCUCCGUGUCUCUGUGGGCACUUCACAGAGCCCAUGGGAUCUUGAGUGGACACUGCUGGGGAUGGCUGUCAUGAGGGCAGGAAUGAGCCAUCAAAGAGCAGUUUGGGGUCUAAGCUGGCGGGGAGGUCAGGGCAGAGCUGGGGUCUGUACGUUGGGGGUCAUCCCGAGAUGGCUGUCUGGAGGAGGAGGCACGGCUCGGGGAAUGUGAGUUCAGGGUAGGACAAGGGGAGCAAGAGGUAUCAGGGAGAGUCCCAGAAGGGAGAACUGAGGCUGGGGCGGAGUAGAGAGCAUGGGGAGGGGUCGUCCUCUCCCAUGCCGAUGGAGAAGGCGCCAGGCAGGGCCAUCCCGGAGGAGGGGGCGGGGAGAGCGGCGCCCAGCGGCCCCUUUAAUCGGGGGCGCGCGCUGGCCGGCCCGCGCGCUCUCGCCGCCGUCGCCGGGCCGGAGCGGGAGCCGGAGCGGAGCUGGGGCCGGGGCCGGGGCCCGGAGCGGGCGGAAUGGAGCCCCCGCGCGCGCCCGCUCUGUGCCGCCUGCUGCCGCCGCUGUUGCUCCUGCUGCUGCCACUGCCCCCCCGCGCCCGGGCCAAGUACGUGCGGGGCAACCUCAGCUCCAAGGAGGAUUGGGUGUUCCUGACAAGAUUUUGCUUUCUUUCGGAUUAUGGCCGACUGGACUUCCGUUUCCGAUACCCUGAGGCCAAGUGCUGUCAGAACAUCCUCCUCUAUUUCGACGACCCAUCCCAGUGGCCGGCUGUGUACAAGGCAGGGGACAAGGACUGCCUGGCCAAGGAGUCAGUGAUCAGGCCUGAGAACAACCAGGUCAUCAACCUCACCACCCAGUAUGCCUGGUCAGGCUGUCAGGUAGUGUCAGAGGACGGAACCCGCUACCUGAGCUGCUCCAGUGGCCGAAGCUUCCGCUCGGUUCGUGAAAGGUGGUGGUACAUCGCACUCAGCAAGUGUGGGGGAGAUGGGCUGCAGUUGGAGUAUGAGAUGGUCCUCACCAAUGGCAAGUCCUUCUGGACACGGCAUUUCUCGGCUGAUGAGUUUGGGAUCCUGGAGACAGAUGUGACUUUCCUCCUCAUCUUCCUCCUCAUCUUCUUCCUCUCCUGUUACUUUGGAUGUAAGUCCAAUUUACUGAAAGGUCGUCAGUUGCUCCACACAACUUACAAAAUGUUCAUGGCUGCAGCAGGAGUGGAGGUCCUGAGCCUCCUGUUUUUCUGCAUCUACUGGGGCCAGUAUGCCACUGAUGGCAUUGGCAACGAGAGUCUGAAGAUCUUGGCCAAGUUGCUCUUCUCCUCCAGCUUCCUCAUCUUCCUGCUGAUGCUCAUCCUUCUGGGGAAGGGAUUCACAGUGACACGGGGCCGAAUCAGCCACUCGGGCUCCGUGAAGUUGUCUGUCUACAUGACCCUGUACACUCUCACCCACGUGGUGCUGCUCAUUUACGAGGCCGAGUUCUUUGACCCAGGCCAGGUCCUAUACACGUACGAGUCGCCGGCGGGCUAUGGGCUCAUUGGGCUGCAGGUGGCGGCUUACGUGUGGUUCUGCUACGCUGUGCUCAUCUCCUUGCGUCACUUCCCGGAGAAGCAGCCCUUUUACGUGCCCUUCUUUGCUGCCUACACCCUCUGGUUCUUUGCUGUUCCUGUCAUGGCCCUGAUCGCCAACUUCGGGAUCCCCAAGUGGGCCCGGGAGAAGAUUGUCAAUGGCAUCCAGCUGGGGAUCCAUUUGUAUGCCCAUGGCGUGUUCCUGAUCAUGACACGCCCGUCGGCGGCCAACAAGAACUUCCCGUACCAUGUGCGCACGUCGCAGAUCGCCUCAGCCGGGGCCCCCGGCCCGGGAGGGAGCCAGUCCACGGACAAGCCCUUCCCGCAGCACGUCUAUGGGAACGUGACGUUCAUCAGCGACUCGGUGCCCAACUUCACGGAGCUCUUCUCCAUCCCCCCGCCCGCCUCCUCCGUAAGCCCCGCGCCCCCGGCGCACGAGGAGCUGCUGGCGCCGCCCCUGGAGUACCUGACCCCGCUCCCGGCCCCGCCGCCGCCCCCCUCGCCCGGGCGCUUGAGCCCACCCCCUGCUUUUCGCACGCCCCGAGCCCCAACACCGCGCCGCGACCACCCCCCGGCGCCUGCGCCCACCCUGCCGGACUGGGUCCUGGCGCUGUUGCGCACGCCCCCGCAGACGCCACGCGCCGUGCCCCCGCCACCCGCCUUCCGCGGCUCUCCACCCACUCCCCGGCCGCCGCCGGAGUUCGCCCGGCGCGCUCCGACGCCGCCCCUAGAGUACCUGGCCCCGCUGUCCAGGCGCCCAGCCGCCCGCUCCUUCCCUGAUUGACACCAGCGCCCGCACCUCGGGAGGGGGGGCUCCUUUGCGGGGAGGGGGACGGGCCUUCGGGGCCGCAUCUGCCCCCCGUGGGUCUCGGACGGCC